AUGAGCAGCCCACCUCCUCUCACAGGGCGUCUCGUUCCCCUCAGGACCAAAGACGAGGUGCGCGCCAGCCUGGAGACUCAUAGCGUCUAUGUCGUUGAGGUGCCGGCCAAAUUUGCCAAUGUUAUCAAGGAUGCCGUGCAAGCAGCCUUGCCCGACUUCAAGACAUCAGAAAUCUCUCAUCUACGCCGCGUAGUGCAGUUCAAGUACCUGCCGUCGCAUCUGCAGAAACAGUUCUAUCCGCCCGCGAGGCUGCCGAGAGGUGAAGAAGAUGAUCCUGCCUCUGCAUUAUUAUCUUCCUCUGCUACACCAGCGCCCUCUGCUCCCCUUCCUGCGUCCUCGUCCUCGGCCGAUGAUGGCAGUGAGGCUGCUCAUGGCGCGACUGUUGCUGAAGAUUUUGAUUUAGUUCGCUACUUCCUCCUGUGCCCUACGCGCCAUAUCCCACAUAGCAACCUCGCAGCUCUCAUACGCACCUGUCCGCCGUUCGACGGCAAGACUCCACCGCCUCGAAUCCUCUAUGUGACCGUUCCCUCUCUUGCACCCAUAUCUGCAGAGCAGGCUGCAGAAUGGAGCGACAAGUACUGGCCCAUCUCUUAUAAGAACACCAAUCCCUACGGACCACAUCCGAGCCUCGUACAGCGCAAUCAGGACGAGAUACAACCCGAGGCGGGCAACUGGCUGGCGCUAGCUCGAGCAGCUGGCCAGCAGAUUUCGGAUCAGUGUCUGGGGGAGAAAAUCGGCGUCGUCGUGGUCGACCGCACCAGGAACGCACCGGAGGUCGUCGCUGUUGCAGGCGAUUGCCGCUGGAGAUCCUUCACCGGCACCGCUGAACCGCCCACCGGCACUGGCAACGUCAUGGCUCACGCUGUCCAUCGCGCCAUCGCUAUGGUUGCGAAGAAGCGACUUCGUGUCGCCGGCACCGACCCCGCUUACCUCGACCGCUCCCUCUUCUGCGACAACCCGCUCACAGACCUCGAGAAGACAUACUACGAGAAAGACAACAUCUCGUCAAGUGGCUAUCUGUGUGUUGACCUGGACAUCUACCUCACCAAUGAGCCUUGCGUCAUGUGCUCCAUGGCCAUCCUGCACUCGAGAUUCCGGCGUUGCAUCUUCGGGAAGCGAAUGCCAUAUACCGGCGGCAUGACAUCAGAUGGACCGGGCAACUCAUCGUCAGCGGGCAGUGGACUGAAGAACGGCUUGUUCUGGCGACCGAGCGAACUCAACUGGAAGUUCCUGGCCUGGGAAUUCAAGGAGGAAGGCAAGGCUGGGGAUGCGGAUACUGGCUUCAAGAAUACUUUGCAUGCGUAG